CAAGAUGGCGGCGGGCGCGGAGGGCGGCGCGGGCCCCGGGGCGGCCCUGGGGGAGUGCCCCGAGAUCAAGUCCCAGUUCCGCACCCGCGAGGGCUUCUACAAGCUGCUGCCGGGGGAGGGCUCCCGCCGGACCGCCCCGGCCCCCGCCCCCGCCCCCGGCCCCGCCCCCGGCCCCGCCCCGACCCCCGGCCCCGCCGCCGCCGCCGCCUCCUCCUCCUCCUCGCCCACCCCGCCCGCCGGCCCCGGCCCCGGCCCGGGCCCCGGCCCCGCCCUGCCCGCCGUCCGCCUGUCCCUCGUGCGGCUGGGCGAGCCCGACCCCGCGCCCCCGGGGGAACAGCCCCUGCCGCUCGCCGAACCCGGCGACCGCGUCUGCUUCAACCUGGGCCGCGAGCUCUACUUCUACCCGGGCUGCUGCCGCCGCGGGGGGCAGAGGCCCAUCGACCUGAACAAGCCCAUCGACAAGCGCAUCUACAAGGGGACGCAGCCCACCUGUCAUGACUUCAACCAGUUCACGGCGGCCACCGAGACCAUCUCCCUGCUGGUGGGCUUCUCGGCCGGCCAGGUGCAGUACCUGGACCUCAUCAAGAAGGAGACCAGCAAGCUGUUCAACGAGGAGCGGCUGAUCGACAAGACCAAGGUGACGUACCUCAAGUGGCUGCCGGCGCAGGAGAGCCUGUUCCUGGCCUCGCACGCCAGCGGCCACCUGUACCUGUACGACGUCGGCCGGGCCUGCGGCCCCGCCCCCCCCCAGUACAGCCUCCUGAAGCAGGGCGAGGGCUUCGCUGUCUACACGGCCAAGGGCAAGGGCCCGCGGAACCCGCUGGUCAAGUGGGCGGUGGGCGAGGGCCCCCUGAACGAGUUUGCCUUCUCGCCGGACGGGGGCCACCUGGCCUGCGUCAGCCAGGACGGCUGCCUGCGCGUCUUCCACUUCGACUCCAUGCUGCUGCAGGGCCUGAUGAAGAGCUACUUCGGGGGGCUGCUGUGCGUGUGCUGGAGCCCCGACGGGCGCUACGUGGUGACGGGCGGCGAGGACGACCUGGUCACCGUCUGGUCCUUCGCCGAGGGCCGGGUGGUGGCCCGUGGCCACGGCCACAAGUCGUGGGUCAACGCCGUGGCCUUCGACCCGUACACCUCGCGGGGCGAGGGGGCGGCGGAGGAAGAGGAGGAGCGGGAGCGGCAGGAAGAGGAGGACGAGGAGCGGGACGGCAGCGAGGACGAGCCGGGGGAGGAGCGGGAGGACCGGAGCGCCUCGGCCCGCCCGCCCGAGCCCGGCGGCCGCCGCGGCCCCGCGGUCACCUACCGUUUCGGCUCGGCCGGCCAGGAUACCCAGUUCUGCCUGUGGGACCUGACCGAGGACGUGCUGUUCCCUCACCCGCCGCUGGCCCGCCCCCGCGCCCUGACCGGGCCCCUGCCCCGGCCCCUGCCCCUGCCCCGCUCGCUGUCCCGCUCCAACAGCCUCCCGCACCCGGCCGUGGGUGGGGCCGGCAAGGGGCCGGGCGCCGAGGCCGGGGCGGGGACGGCCGCGCUCAGCAUCGGCCGCUUCGCCACGCUGACCCCGCAGGAGCGCGGGGACAAGGGGGCGGGGGCCGCCGACAGGGAGCACAAGCGCUACCACAGCCUGGGCAACAUCAGCCGCGGCGGCGCCGACAAGGCCAACGGCCCCGCACCCCGCAGCCGGCUGGACCCCGCCAAGGUGCUGGGCACCGCCCUGUGCCCCCGCAUUCACGAGGUGCCCCUGCUGGAGCCCCUCGUCUGCAAGAAGAUCGCCCAGGAGCGGCUGACCGUGCUGCUCUUCCUGGAGGACUGCAUCAUCACCGCCUGCCAGGGCGGCCUCAUCUGCACCUGGGCGAGGCCCGGCAAGGCCGGCCUCUCCUCGCAGCCGGCCGGCUCCCCCAGCGGCACGGUGGUGUGAAGCGCCGGCCGCCCCCCGACGCGAACCACACUGACGGACGGAGGAAGCUUGGCCCGGCCCGCGCGGCGGCCCCGGCUCCCUCUCAGCCUGUCCCCCCCGCCCCCCCCCCCCCCCCCGUGCG